AUGUGGAGUUCUUCAAUUCAGAAAACAAAAAGUAUACUGUUAUCUGAACAAUCUAUCACAAUUGAAGUAGGAGAUUCUUUAGUAACUGGUAUUCAUGCUGCAUCCUUAACAAUAAAUAGAAGAAGUUUAUGGAAUGAUUUGGUUACAAUUAGUAAAUUAGAGAAGCCAUGGUUGGUAAUGGGGGACUUCAAUACUAUUAUGAGUGAAGAUGAAAAGAAGGGUGGUCUUAAUCCAUUGUUGAUAUCAAUGUUGGAAUUAAAUAACUGCCUACAUAGUUGUGGUUUAAUCCAAGCUCCAAAAAAUGGCAUGAAUUUUUCUUGGUGUAACAAUAGAGCUGGUAGGAAGAGAAUUGUUUGCAACCUUGAUAAAACAGUCUUUAAUGAUAAAUGGUUGGAAAAGUUUUCAAGCUGGGGAUACAAGGUUGGUAGCAGGGGGAUUUCAGAUCACAGUACCUUAUAUGGAGGGAAUGCUGACAUACCAAAACCUAAGAAUACUCCUUUUAGAGCACUAAAAUCUUGGGAAACCCAUACUGAAUUUUUGGAAGUUAUAACUAACUCUUGGGAGCAACAUCUGGAAGGGAAUCCUAUUUUUGUUUUUAUGAGUAAAGUGAUAAGAAUUAAAUCUGAUUUGAAGGAGUGGAACUGGUCAGUUUUUGGAGACGUUAAUAAGCAGCUGAAGAAUAUAGAAGAUGAAGUAUUGGUGGCUACUGCAGCAUCAGAUAAUAAUCCUUCUGAUAUCAAUCUAUUGAAUAAAUUGGUUACUGUAAGGGGUAAACAAGAAAUUCUAUUACAGCAACAAAGAGAGAUUGUACAACAAAAGUCAAGAGUGAUCUGGUUAAAAUAUUGA